UUCACCGCGGACUCAAUCAGCGCCGUGUGUGUCGCUGUGGCGGCGUGGGCUGAAGCCGCCCUCUGCCUCUCGCUCUCCCCGCCCGAGUGCUGCCGCAGAGCGCGAAUGGCGACGUCGAGCCGAGGCCUCGGACGAGCUCCACGGCCCGCUUGAGUCACAGGCGUACAGCCACAGGCGACGAGAAACUCAUCUCGCCGACGGGAGGCACCCUCUUCUGUGCGCUGGACGGAUACGCUCAGCCGUACCGCGUUCUUGUUGUCGUUCAGUGGCGGGAGUGUAAACAAUAAGCACAUCGAUGUUUACAGCGCCCGCACGCUGAAGAGCCGUGCGCACAGCGCGGCGGCGGCGGCUGUGGGCGCGGCACGAACAGCGUGCUGCCUGGAGAGGGACGAGCGGGCGGGGGGCGGGGGGAGGCGGUAAAGCAGCAAAUGACCGCGGACUCCGGGAUCGCGUUUCUCCCUCUCGCCACCCGUGCUAAUCGGAGGUGCGGGGGAAGGGCAACCAACUAGAGACGCGGCAAGAGAGAGGCUGCUCCGGUCUCUUGAGCUGUGUCAUUGCUAGGGCAGCUAUGAGCCAUGGGCUACGAGGUGACUCGGUUUGAAGGAGGAGUGGAUGAGGAGCUCAUCUGCCCCAUCUGCAGUGGUGUCCUUGAAGAACCUCUGCAGGCCCCGCAGUGCGAACAUGCGUUCUGCAGCGCCUGCAUCCACCAGUGGCUCUUGCGGCAGCAGACGUGCCCCGUGGACCGCAGCGUGGUGACGCCGGCGCACCUGAAGCCCGUGCCGCGCAUCAUGCGCAACAUGCUGUCCAAGCUGACGAUCCGCUGCGAGAACGCGCCGUCGGGCUGCACCGCCAUGCUGCGCCUGGACCUGCUGGCGUCGCACCUCGCUGACUGCGAGCACAACCCCAAGCGGCCCGUGCCGUGCGAGCAGGGGUGCGGGCUGAUCGUGCCCAAGGACGAGAUGGGUGGCCAUGUGUGCGUGCGAGACCUCCGGGCCCUCGUGCUCACUCAGCAGCACAAGCUGAGCGACCUGGAGAAGAUGGCGGCCGAGCACCGGCACCAGCUCGCCGAGCAGAAGCGGGAGAUCCAGCUGCUGAAGGAGUACAUGCGGGCCCUGAGGAACUCCACCGCAGUCCCACGCAGCAUUGAGCCGCCCUCUGAGCAGAACGAAGUGUUGGGGUGGGUGAGCGCGCUGCAGCCGGCGCGCGUCACUCGCUGGGGCGGCAUGAUCUCGACGCCGGACGCGGUGCUGCAGGCCGUCAUCAAGCGCUCGCUGCUCGAGAGCGGCUGCCCGCUCGCCGUCGUCACGGGCCUCAUCGAGAACUCCCACGAGCGCAAGUGGCCGCCGGGGCUGAGCACGCUGGAGACGCGGCAGAUGAACCGCCGUUACUACGAGAACUACGUGACCAAGCGCGUGCCGGGCAAGCAGGCCGUGGUGGCGAUGGCGUUGGAGAACCAGCACAUGGGAGACGACAUGAUCGUGGAGCCGGGCCUCGUCAUGAUCUUCGCGCACGGGGUGGAAGACGUAUAACGCGUGCCGUGCGUCGGGCAGAGAGGGCCGGGCGCUUGCGCGCUCACUUUUCCGGCCGUUCAGCGGACAUCUGCCACCGGGGGGCGUCCCCCUGAUGCUUGGACGAAUCCUCGAGGUACUUUUUUAUAUGCAGUUGCUGGGCACAGGCCCAAAGGCACCAUAAGAUCCAACGGCCAGCAACAAAUUGUCACUAUCAAAAUUGUAAUAGAUGAGGGUUUACGGGUUUCUUGGAUUGAGUAAGUGAUCGUGAAAAGAGGCGAUAGGAGGAAAUUCUAAACUGAAGCAGUGGGGGUGGGGGGUGGUAGGGGGGGAGCAGGAAGAGAGUUGCAGUGACCUGCAGUGCGGUGGUUGACCGCAGAGUGGAUGAGAAGAAGCGGUCAGUCUGGCAGACCCGAUUCCUCAACAGGGGUGGAGGAAUCAAUGUCCGAAUCACUGCGAUGGAGGCACGGUAUAAAUACUGAUGAUUUAUGAGGAAGGAUUGAGCCGUUAUCUCUGGAGUCUAACUUCAAAUAAUAAUAAAAAAUAUUUAGAAAAACAAAAAUUUCCCCACCAUUUUCUAAUCGUGCCAUCGGCAUUGUGAGGCGAGACAAACAGAUUCCCUUGGGGGUUCUUCUGCCGGCGAAGGGGUCUCGCGUCACUCCGACUCGGAGAGCGCCCCCCUCCCCGAAGGUGACGUCGCAGAGCCACGGCACUGGGCUCGGCUGUUCAACUCACCACACUUCAGGAUCCAAGUUAAUCACAAGCGGCUGCAACCUGGGAUUGAACCUGGGUCAAUCCCAUUGCUGCCGGCUCAGUGCUCCGACACGGAUGUUAUCCCUCUGAGCCACUUGGACACUUCCAGCCUUGAGACACUUCUCAAGAAUGUGUGGAGCCUCACACCUGCGCUGGUCCAAUGACUUACUUCUUGCAGCUCUGGGACAGGAGUUUGAGGGGUUUUUUUUCUAGAAGCAACGUCAACGGUUUGAAGUAAAAUGUCAAAGGAAAGGGAAAACCGAUACCCAGCAAACUACACUACCGGCCGUCGCGAGGUCAGGGAGCGACCCUCGGUGUGACGCGUCUCACCUGGUGACAUGAAGGUCACACAAAAACUCAACAAAAUAUUCCGAAUGCUGAAAUAAAGUUAUAUUUUCACAGAAGCUUUGGUUUUAGUAAAUGCAAUGUGAAAUAUGCUACAUGACAUGUGGUGGAGAGGGAGAAGGUUUGCUUAUAGAUGAGUACUUUGGGGAAAUAUUUUUAAAAUUGUUUUAACUUUUCCUAAUUUGUAUAAUUAUUUCCCAUGUGUCAGUGUCAAAUAAUUUGACUUCUGUAACCCACAGAUUUCUGUCUUUGUCCUGUAACUUCCAACGCGAACGGAUCUCUUGUUGCUUCAGAUUAUCGUGGCAAGUGCUGCGAGUGUAAGCGAAACGCGUCGUGAUCAAUGUGCUUGAGUGGUGAGAGUGAUGAAAAUUUAAAUGCAGAACACUUGAGAGCGUCAGGAUAAAAGCCCCAAUUUGACUCCAGAGUUUCCACGUUUCGUGCUGGCGCCCACCAGCGUUGAGUUUUUACUUUGUUUUGUUAAACUGGGCGAGUACUCUUGAGUGGCAGCGUUGCCUUUGCAUCUCAGCCUAAUGAAACUGCACAACCCCAGCAGGGAUGCACUUGUCAGAGUAGGGACAGGAUUACCGAGUCAAGAUUUUUCUACGUAGCUGAUUGCGAUAAGUGUAUCAUUUACCCACGAAGCUUUCGAAAUACUGGCCAUUCUUUCCAACCUGUUUCAGUCGGAAAUAUAAUCAUCAUCAUCCAAUAAUCAUCACUGAUGUUUGUUUCUGAUUGACAGCGUCGUCGUGAUCACCAUUGCUCUCAUCACAGUUCCACAAUUCUCGAUCAUCCAAAAGUGUCUUUGAUGUUACUCCAAUUUACCCCUCCCUCCCAAAAUGCCCCUGUCUUUUCAUUCCACAUUUCCCUCGACCUGCCCGCGUAUCUCCCACCCCCAUAUGCCGGUCCUGGUCACCUCUCUUCAUUCUCGUGUCUGGAACACUUCAGUCUGAACUUUUUGCAGCCGCGUGAUUUUGGUACAAACACAUCUCUCGUGCCGCUUAUUGGGUGCAUGGUGGCGCUUAAAGUAACACACCAAAGUCUGCUCAAUAGGUCAUUUUACAAAGUGGCUCAUCAUUGCACUUAAGUAUGCAGUGAACUAUUAAAGAAAUGUCAGUCCCCUUAUUGUUUUGCUAUUGUGAUGCAGUGUUCAUGCAGACGGCGGUGAGCGUUGUAUCGUUUGUGCUUGUGCACCACUGCCAACACGGUCCCUUCGCUCGGUGCUUGACUACAUUGGCCCGUCGCAGAACGCAACAAAACACUAAAGUUAUAUGUAUAACUUAGGAAGGAGUCUGCUGAAGGGAGAACAGUAGUACAAACUGUGAGCAUGUGAUGAUUCAAAUCGGUUCUUACGCUCGCGAAUAUCUGCAUCAAACACUGCACUUGAGAAUGUUUUCACGACGUCUGUAGCAUACGGACACGACACGACUGUCACGUUCUUGCCACCCGCUAUUUAUUAAUAUAUUUAUUAUUGUUGUUGUCAUCAUCGUCGUCCUCAUCCAUUAUUCACUUUCCAUCCCAGUGCAGAAACGGUACAAACGAGGCAGUUAAGAGAAAAACACAACAACGACGACGAGGAGGAGGAGGAGGUGUAGACAACGGAGCGACGUCAGCCGAAGCGCCACACAGUCGACGGGGGAAGUCGUGCUGAGCACGUGCUCAGCAGGCGGAGUGUCAGUAGCCGUCAGGAGUAGUCGCCGCUGGUGGUGUUGGCGCUCUCGUGUGCAUCGCACGAGUUGCAAAAAGCAAAGACGAUUCAACACUUUAGACGUAAAUGCACUCGUGGCUGGAGUACGACGAUUCUCAACUCGGUGAGCCACUUCCCUCCUCGUGUGGUCACUCGUCAACACCAGAGAUGUACAAAGAGCGCGCGUUUCAUACACACGAACUCAAUGUAGCGAUAGUUUUUGUUGCAUAUUGAGGAUUGGGAAUAAAGCUUGGCAAGAAAGUGCCGCGUAGAAUUUGGGAGAGGGAGGUGGUGGCGGAUGGGACGCGAGUUGUAGGAGGAGGGGACACCCCCGGGGCGCACGUGGGAGCAGUGGCGAGCCCCAAGGUGCGCGACGGAGCGAGGCGCAAGACCUCGAGCCGUGCGAUGUCUCCGUGUGUGUGUUGAUGCGACUGGAGGAGUGGUCCUUCGGAAGUCGGGUGGUGACCAUUGGGCAACUGUUGGCAGUGCAGUGACUUGCAGCGGAGCAAAGCAAUAGCGACGCCUUUACGGGUUGUGCAGUUCGAUUGGGUGACGGAGAGAGUUGAACAACGCUGACCAACUUGAAUCGAGAGGUGAUGCCGCGCAUCAUAUCUCGACGGAAGGUGCAAUUGUAACCCAGCUGCACCUGCAACUAUUAGAACUUGGGCUUUUCUCCUGAUAGUCCUUAGGGUUUUAUGUGUUUUGUAUGUACGAUAUACACACACGCGCGCAUAUGAACUAUUCUGUGGAGCCGAAUGAAUGAUCGAUGUCUGAGGAAUGCUCCUUGUCCAUACACAAUUGUUCCGUGUCCAUGCACAAUGUCCAAAUACAAGCGGUGAUCAGAAGGCCUCUGUCCUGAUGUUAAGAAGGAUUCGCAUUUCGAAGCGGAAGAUACACUUUCAUCUUUUGCAUUCUGUUUGAAAUAAUCACUCUUGUUGUGUGUUCAUCAGAAAACGAGACAUCUGAGCUGAGAGCAGGCCUAUGUUCACAAUGAAGCCAUGCUGCCACAGGAAAUCCAUACUUACGAUGGAAUCCUUGGAAUAAUCUUCCACAUUUGUGUUCCAUGGUUAAGAGGUGGUGUCCAGGAUUUAAAUGCGGGAGGGAAACUUGUUAAGAUCCGUGUUUGGGCACCCAACACCAUUUACAAUUUGUGAACGCCAAUUAAAUUCGUAAUCUCCUGAAAUUCCUCUGCAUAAUUUGAUCGUAAGGAAUAUUUCCAAGUCUGUCUGCCCUUGCGUGUGUGUCACAAGCAUUAUCAACCGACAGUUUUGUGGUAAACAAUGUCUCUGGUUGCCCAGAAUCUUGGCCAUCAACUAGAAGUGAGCCAGAGUACGGGCAUGGUCAGUUGCUGCAGGGAAAUCCAGGACCUGUUUGUGACAGGUUCGUGGCAGUAUAUGAUAGGGUGGCUCUCCUUAUCUUGAAUGGAGAAUCGAAGGCUAGAGAUUUCACUGGAAACCAUGGAUUCCCCCCAACUUUUCAGGGAUUUGCCUCUUCUGGCCUCUUAUGGCAAAGUGAUAGCCUCUGCACCAAAACGGACACCUUUAUACAAGGGAUCAUGUUUGCAAUAACCACAACACUUGCAGUCGAAAUGCAAACAAAAAGAGACAACUCUGAUAAUAUGCACUGUCCUUGAAAUUGAUUGGUCCACUCAAUUACCCCGAGCUCUCAAUACUCUGAUAGUGCGCUGUUUUUGAGUUGUGCGCCUUUGGCGUCAUCUGGUCCAACACCAUGUGAGACUAGGCUCUAAGAAAAUCCGUCUCGGGUGUGGACCAAUUAAUUUCAAGGACAGUGCAUAUCAUUAUCAGAGUUGUCUCUUUUUGUUUGCAUUUUGGCUGCUUUUGUUGUGGUUAUUGCAAACAUGAUCCCUUGUAUAAAGGUGUCAGUUUUGGUGCCAGAUAAAAGGGUAAACCCCUAUUACUAUGAUAACCUCUGUUUGGUGAGAUGCAGUGAAAGCCAUUCCGACUUCAUGACGCACAAGCUUCACUGCAGGCUGUGCAGGUUCUUCUCAAGCCCCCACCAGCUUGAUACACAAAGCUGCGUGGGGAUUAAAGCCUUGGAAUAUUGUUGGACCAAGCGCAUUGCACGUCAAGGGAAAGGUGUAAACAACCGUUUCGUUAAGGUCACUUUGUUUUCCCUGUCAAUCGGAAUCAGAAUAUGUAUUUAUACUGGAGGAAUCCGAUGAGUUAUAAAGCUCUUUUACACAUGUCCAGUCGGGGCGCGUCAGAACGUUACAACAACAAACAGUGCAAAAACACGAUAAGGGUGCAAAGCAUUGGAAAGGAAAAUAAAUCACUUAAAAAUAUACAACUAAAACUAAGCUGUUUUUUUUAUCUUACCAGGUAAAGCCCACUGAGCUGUUAGAUUAUUGUUCAAAAGCGGCCUGGCCACAAAUGAUAGCUCAACGAUGUGGCUUAUCAUGUGGACAUUUAUAGCAGCAAAAUAAUCUAAAUAAUCUAACUUCUGUAUCACCCCUUGUAUGCGUGACUGAAAAACAAAUCGCUCCAAACAGUUGAACACUUGCUCCUGGUUCACAGACCGCUGCUGGUUCACAGACUACUGCUGGUUCACAGACUACUGCUGGUUCACAGACUACUGCUGGUUCACAGACUACUGCUGGUUCACAGACUACUGCUGGUUCACAGACCGACUGCUGGUUCACAGACUACUGCUGGUUCACAGACUACUGCUGGUUCCCAGACUUCGCUAUCAGUAGGCAAGUUGAGUCCACAGUGGUAAAGGUAAUAAUCAUCUCUCUACCGGUUGCUGGUUGUCAGCUACGUACCAAUGAAGCUAUUUACGUCGCCUGUUCAUUUCGCUCUACACUCUUGACGUUGCUCAUCAUUUACGUUUGUUUACUGCGAGUUGGCUGGCAAUUGGGAGAGGCUGCCCUGCUGCUGCUGGAGCAAAGGUGUAAUGUAGAGAGAUCCGAUGCCGAAAUGAUUAAAGGUAUCCUGAGAGUCCUGCGGAUUGGUCGACUAUACUUCACCACCCGGGUCGGUGCGGGUUUGU